AUGGUCUUUUUAAUAUCAGCGCUCGAAAGAUAUUUUUCUUUCAUCGACCAAAUUGAACCAACAGUUCUGUUCUAUGGAUUACUACUAUGUACAUGGAUUCUUGCCAUGUGGGAACAUUAUCUUUCUUAUCGACAAUAUCGUAACUUUAAACAUCGCCGAACGGUACCAACCGAGCUCGUAGAUGUAAUGACAGAUGAACAAUUGGAGAAAUCUCGCCUGUAUGCAAUGGAAAAAAUCCGUUUCAGUCAAAUUCAUUCGAUCUACGAUGAAGUCGAAGGAACAGUUCUCUUGUUAAUCGGUGUUUUACCAUGGCUGUGGUCAACUUCUGGAAGUAUCCUAUCGAAAUUUGGUUAUCAUAAUUAUGACACCGUCCAGUCAAUUGUCUUCGUUGUUAUCAUGAUGAGUUACUCAACUAUCGCAGGAAUUCCUUGGUCGUAUUAUUAUCAUUUUGUUCUUGAAGAGAAGCAUGGAUUUAACAAACAAACACGGAGUUUUUUCAUCAAGGAUACAAUAAAAAAGAUGUUGGUUACACUUUUUCUAACCAUACCAAUUUUCUCUCUUCUACUGAAAAUUAUUCAAAUUGGUGGCGACUAUUUUUUUAUUUAUGCUUGGGCUUUCAUCGCGUCGAUGUCAUUGGGUAUUGCGAUAAUUUACCCAAAUUACAUUGCACCACUAUUUGAUCGAUAUGAACCACUACGAGAAGGAGAAUUACGAACAAGUAUUGAACAAUUAGCUAAUAAAAUUCAUUUUCCAUUGGCGAAAAUAUUUGUAGUUGAAGGUUCGGCUCGAUCAGCUCAUUCAAAUGCGUAUUUUUACGGAUUUUUCAAAACAAAACGUAUUGUUCUUUACGAUACUCUCAUCAAAGGAUAUAAUGUCCAUGAAGACAAAGAUGAGAAAUCAAAUGAUGAUGAUAGUCGACUACCUGAGAAGAAACUCGACAAGGGCUGCGAAUCGGAUGAAGUUCUCGCUGUACUAUGCCAUGAAUUUGGUCAUUGGUCGCUCAGUCAUAAUAUUAUCAAUCUUAGCAUAUCAUUCAUUAAUCUAUUUGUGAUAUUUAUCAUCUUUGCGUUGCUGUUCAAACGGGUUGGUCUCUAUGAUGCUUUUGGAUUUACACAAACUCAACCGAUCAUCAUCGGUUUAUUGAUUAUCUUUCAAUAUGUUCUAUCACCUUAUUCCGCAGUUCUUUCAUUAUGCUUAACAGUUCUGUCGCGUCGUUUUGAGUUUCAAGCGGACAAUUUCGCUUUGAAACUUGCGCAUGGCGAUCCAUUGAGUCGGGCAUUGAAAAAACUCGAAAUGGACAACAUGACAUAUCCAUAUUCUGAUUAUCUCUUUGCAAAAUAUCAUUAUUCGCAUCCAACUGUACUCGAACGUCUCAAGGCACUCAAGCCAAAAAAGCAAGAUUAA